UAUUUUAUUGAACCCAUUCGGUUAUCCGGUAUUUUUUUCUCAGAAAAAUAAAACGAUGACAUAAACCGUUACGUAAGUUUUUAAUUAACGAUUUCAUAUUAAUUUUCCUUAUUACUUUACAUUUCAAUAAUUAAAAAAUAAUUCUUUCAUUAAUAUAAUGUUAUAUUGUAGGAUCAUAUCAUUUUUGAAAUAGGUUUUGACAAUUAAAUCACUUGGAAGAGGAUAAAGGUUUUUCCUCACGAUUUGAUCAUCAUAAAUUCUGAUAUAGAUGAUUUUUCACUCUAAAAAAUUUAUAAUUCUAUAAUUAAACUGUUAGAGAUCUAUAGUUAGAUGGCACUUCUUGCAUUUCGAUAAUAGGAAAAAUCAUUUCUUGAAUAAGAAUCACCGGCAGAAAUUACCCAUUACCAUAAUUAUUCAGUCAUAAAAUCAACUAGGGUAAACAUAUAUUAAAUGCACACUUAACUCUUGACCUGCCCCUUCCAGGUACGAAUUUCUGCUAAAUUAUUGUGUACGUGGCAUUGAAGCUAUUCAAUGCCAAGAACAGUUAUCAAAAAAUUUUAGCUUUACGAGACCCUGCGUUACCUGACGUUAAGGGUAGGGACAUGACGGACCAUGGCAACGUAUGUAGGUACACUUACAGAUGAUGAACAGUAUAAAGAUAUAUGGAUGUAAACCUGAUAAAUUAUAGACGAUACAGAAUGUUAUUUCUUCCAAUAUCUUGGGCCACCCUUCUACGCAUAUUAAUUCACAACAUUAAAAUUAAAAUCUAAUAAUGUAUGUAGAGAAUGAGAAUAGAUGGGGAAUAUUCUGUAAUAUCAGUUACUAUUAAUGGUUAAGUUUGUGAAUGAGCCCCGCAGUACUUGCUUAUGGCAAGCAAACAUUUCCUCCGUCCUCCUAUCAUACGGACUCUACAUCCAUCACAGUGGUCCUCAUCAAUUGCCGCAGCGUUUUCACAGACAUUCUACCUGAGAUCCGGGUAGAAUCCCCUGAUGUGUCGGUGUGUGAUGUGCUGCCAACAAUAAUCUGCCAUCGUUGCUGCGCCAAACUAGACGACUCUUACGAGCUGUUCGAGAGAGCAUCUAAAGUUCAAGUAUUCUUGGAGAGCAUUUAUCACCCAAUAAGUGAAUUGCAAAUAAAAGAAGAUCCAGACUCACCGUAUCCAGAGAAGUUGGAGAAUCUGACAAAAUUAUCAAAAAAAGAUGGAAAAAGAAAAAAGGAUGUACCCUCCAAGCCCAGAAUCUCCGAAACUUUUCAAGGCUACCCCUGGACUUGCGUUCUCUGUAGUUCCGGAGUCCUGGACUCUUUUCCAGAUUUAUGUCAACACUAUACGAAUGUACACAAUCGUUCGCCCAUUUUCAAAUGCAUCCACUGUGCGAGACAGUACGAUAGAUAUCGAAGCUUUACGAAACAUUGUAUAUUGCACCAGAGCACCAAAAAGUUUCAAUGUGAACUCUGUCAAAAAACGUUUAAUCAAAAGUCGAUGCUAAAUACUCAUGCCCUUGUUCAUACUGAUGAUAGACCUUACGAGUGUAAAAUAUGCAAAAAAUCAUUUAAAAGUAAUUACGCAUUGGAAGUGCAUUCGAAGCUUCACCUGCCAAUAGAGAAAAGAUCGAAAUUCACCUGUGAACGCUGCAAUAGAAGAUUUACAACGAAAAGAGCCCUAGAGUGCCACGAAAAAAUGCACAACGGAGAAAGAAAUUUUAUGUGUGAUGUCUGUGGAAAAUCGUUCGUGUCUAAAGGAUCUCUGAUCACUCAUUUCGAUAGUCAUUCUAAGGAGAAAAAUUACGUGUGUAACAUUUGUGAUCGAGGCUUCAGAACUGAUAGACUUCUCAAUAAACAUUCUCUAUCUCAUACAUCAGUAACACCGUACCAAUGUGAAAUUUGCUACAAAUCAUUCAAAACGAAAGGCACUUUGACAGCUCAUAGAAGGAUUCACACGGGGGCGACGCCUUACAAGUGCGAUAUCUGUGAAAGAAGUUUCAGAUAUUUGGCAGUUUUAACAGUUCAUAAACGUCAACACACCGGAGAGAAACCUUACGCCUGUCUAAACUGCAACAAGAAUUUCACUAACUUAGCAAAUUACAAUAAACAUGUGAAAAGAAUGCACCAUCAUCUAUCAAUUCCCCAAAAUUCAAGGGAUGAAGCAUUAGAAACUGUAAUUGGAGAGCAUGAAUUAAUGGAUAUGAACAAUAUAUAAUCGAAUGCUCUAAUGAUGUGAACGUUAUUGGCAUUUGAUGAGGCAUAUUUUUCAACAAUGAUUCAUUAAAAUGUAAAGAGACGAGCUUUUUUUAUACUUUGAGUAAGAAAUGUUAUCAUAUAAUGAUAUUUACAAUGA